AUGGCUGCGAAUCCUAAAUCAUCCGCUGUCAUGAGCCACAAACUCGAUGCUGAGCACACGGAAAAUGCUCUCGUGAUAGAGCAGGUCGCUGAAGGCGAGACAACCCUAUGGACAUCCAUGAAGGAGAACCCUCGCGUCAUUAUGUUUGCCUUUUUGGCCAAUUGCGGUUCGUUUCUUUUUGGGUACGAUAUUCUUGUGCAAGGCGCCAUCACGGCGCUUCCCAUGUUUUCCAUGACCUUUGGGUCCCCUUUCGGAGACCAGAUGAUUCUACCGGCGCUCUGGCAGGGUCUCUGGCAGGGCUUCAAUGCCAUUGGAAUCAUGAUUGGCGCUGCAAGCAACGGCGUUGUCAUGGAUAGAUUUGGCCGCAAGAUCAUGUUUGCCGUAGGCGGGCUCGUCUCAUCUGUCGGCACUGCACUGGUCUACGUAGCAUCCGAUGUUGGAGGCGUGGACUCUAGACGUGGCGUGUUGCUCGCUGGAAAGUUCGUCAUAGGCCUCGGCAUGGGCAUCUUGAUGUCCACCUGCCAGACGUACGUCUCCGAGAUCUCGCCUCCGAGACUUCGGACUGUCCUUCUUGGCUUCUACGCUUUCUUCAUUACCGUCGGACAAAUGAUGGCCAUCUCCGUGGUCUUCUCUCGCGUCACAGUCAUGGAUUCUUCGGCGUUGAAGAUCCCAUUUGCCUCGCAAUGGGCGUUUUCCGGCUACGCUGUUCUCGUAGCGGUCCUCGUCCCCGAGAGUCCCGUCUACCUAGCAAACUGUGGCAAGACCGAGCAGGCACGCAAAGCGAUCCAGAAACUCACUCCACACGCAUCUGUCGAUGAGCGCAUCUCUGUGAUUCUGGCCACAUCCGACCAAGAGACGACACCGGACGGAGAGGCUGCGACGUUCGCCGACUGCUUCAAAGGCACCGACCUCAGGCGUACGCGCAUCGUUGCGGUCCUGAACACGCUGCAGCAGCUGAUUGGCGUCUCCCUCAUCGCCAACUCGACCUACUUUUUUAUCAUGGCGGGCAUGUCCCCGACCAUGUCGCUCACCAUCAACCAAGCCGGCGUCGGCGCCAGUAUGGCCUGCACGUUCAUCUCGUGGUUCGUCAUCGCCAAGGUCGGCCGGCGAGCUGCCAUCCUCGUGAGCUUUGUCUGUGCCGGGGCUCUCUUCGUUGGCAUGGGCAUUGCCGGCUUCUGGCCUCGCGAUGCACAGGCGCUCAGGUUCAUCGGCGUCGCGCUCGUCCUGGCCGCAUGCUGCAGCAAUCUCGGCACAGGCACAGCCUAUCCCAUCGUGGCAGCCGAGAUACCGGCGACCAGACUGCGCGCCAAGACGCUCGGAUUGGGCUUCGCGGUCAACGCAUUCAUGAUGUGGGCUUUUAACUUUGUCGUGCCGUACAUGUUCAACGCAGACCAGGGCAACUUGGGUGGCAAGAUCGGGCUAGUAUUCGCCGGGUUCUGCGUCGUUGGCUUUGUCGUCUCGUUCUUCGAGAUACCCGAGACCAAGGACAUCACGUACGGCCGCAUCAACGAGCUGUUCCAGACCCGGACGCCGGCGCGGAAAUUCAGGGCCAUGGCCGUGUCCUAUGAGGCGGAGGACACCGCUGCGACGGGCGACGCGUAG